AUGAACUACUUUCUGAAGCCCUCUGGUUUUUCUGGCAAGUCCUUCAAGAUGGGCGAGGGUCUGGCAAAAGCUCAGAAUGGGGUGGCCCUUCACACUGCCAACACGUCUCAGUGGCCCGAUCCCCAUGCUUCAGAUGGUUUGGACCUCACAGGGUUCAAGAGAAAACGGGAUUCCAUUAGCAGAAGUGGUUACCCAAGAUAUGCCUCCUCGCUUGUACUUGGUCUGGGUUCUACACCAAGCUGCUCAGAUACUACCAAGUCGAGCUCUUGCACCAUGUUUUCUGUAAAAGAACCUGAGGAGGAGCGCUCUGCGGAUCUGGGUUUGGGCUUUCAACUUCAUCUUGGCAAUCGGAUUAGCUGCAGCUCAAAGCAGGAGCCUUUGGGUGCUCAGAAGGCACUGGAACAUGGACCCUGUUGUGACCUUCAGCUGAGCCUAUCACUUGGGCAUCACUCUGCCAUUACCUCUGCAUCGCCUGACUCAGCCCAGCAUCAGAAUGGCGGGGAGACCUCGGUAACUGUCGGCACACCAUCGCUUGUUGAUGAUGGGUCGACAUCGUCUUGCUGGGAACCAGAGGGUUCUUCACUUCCGCCUUUCACUUUCGUAGAGGGUGAAGCUACUUCUGUGAAGACGAAUCCAGAGAAAACAGAGUCCCAGCUCUUAUCACCCAGUGUCCUGAUGCCUAGAACGCCAGUCACCUGUUCUUCCGGGUUAGCUCUGCAACGCAUCACUCACACAAAGCCUUGCUCGUUCCAAGGAUGUAGGAAAGGAGCCAGGGGUGCUUCGGGUCUCUGCAUAGCCCAUGGAGGUGGGCGGAGGUGCCAGCGGGAAGGCUGCAACAAAGGGGCCGAAGGUCGGACUGCUUACUGCAAGGCUCAUGGUGGUGGCCGACGAUGUCAAUUCCUCGGCUGCACAAAGAGUGCCGAGGGUCGAACAGAUUACUGCAUCUCUCAUGGCGGGGGCCGACGAUGCAGCCGCGAGGGCUGCACCAAAGCCGCCAGAGGGAAAUCCGGCCUUUGCAUCCGGCACGGUGGUGGCAAACGAUGUCAGAAGGAGAACUGCACCAAGAGCGCAGAAGGUCAUUCCGGUCUCUGCAUCUCCCAUGGAGGAGGCCGGCGCUGCCAGUUCCCCGGUUGCUCCAAAGGCGCGCAGGGGAGCACCAUCUUCUGCAAGGCCCACGGCGGCGGCAAGAGAUGCUCUGUGUUGGGCUGCACCAAGGGAGCGGAAGGAAGCACGCCCUACUGCAAAGGCCACGGUGGGGGGAAACGCUGCGCCUUCCAAGGCGGCAACGUCUGCCCCAAGAGCGUCCACGGCGGGACGCAGUUCUGCGUGGCUCACGGCGGCGGCAAGCGGUGUGCCAUAAGCGGCUGCACCAAGAGCGCCAGAGGGCGGACCGACUUCUGCGUCCGGCACGGCGGCGGCAAGCGCUGCAGGUCCGAGGGCUGCGGGAAGAGCGCGCAGGGGCGCACCGACUUCUGCAAGGCCCACGGCGGAGGGAAGCGGUGCUUGUGGGGGCAGGCGGGCUCCAACGUUGGCGUAGGGGCGCCGCCGUGCGACCGCUUUGCCAGGGGGAAAACUAGCCUCUGCGCCGCGCACGGCGCCCUGAUACAGGACCGCUGUGUCCACGGCGGGGGAACCUUAGGGCUGGCAAAUGCUGCUACCCACCACAGGAUCAAAGCCAGCAGUAGUGAAGAAGGUGAUGACGGGAGCACCUGCACGAGGUUCCUGCAUCCUCGCCCUCAUUCAGUAACCCUCCCCGAGGGUAGAGUUCACGGCGGAAUCCUCAUGGCGAUGCUGGCGGGCAGCGCAGACGCCGACGCCCAGAGCGGCGGUGGGAACGGGCCUUCAGAGAAGAUCAUUUCAGAGUAUGCGAUCCCUCGUAAGUGGAUGUAA